UAUCUAGACUAUAAAGGCAGUAUCCAUACUUUGCUUCAGAUGCAUCUUGGUUAACAGUUAGAAUCGAUAAUCCUUACAAUGAAUCCAAAAUGUUUGAGGUCAGUUUUAGUACACUACUACCACCCUGUUUUGAGGCCUGCUAAAUCAACAUGGAUGAGGAACCACAUUAUGAUUUAUUGCCCAUCCCUAAUUGCCUCGGAGAAGGUGGUGGUGAACUGUCAUCUUGAACCAUAAGUUCGAGUUCAUGGGGUGAAGGAACAUCCACGAUGCUGUUAGGAAGGGAAUUCAUGAUUUUGACUGAAUGACAGUGAAGACAAAAAGGUUUUGUAGAGAUAAUCAUCUUUUGGUGAAAUCAUGGAUGCAGUUGUGCACUUUAUUAAUGAUUCUCUGGAAUUCUAUCGAUGGAGCCUUACCAUUGCAGACAAGCGGGUGGAAAACUGGACUUUGAUGCAGUCACCCCUGCCUACAUUGGCAUUGAGCAGUCUUUACCUUUUAUUUGUGUGGCUGGGUCCAAAAUGGAUGAAUAACAGGGAGCCUUUUCAGCUACGUACGCUGCUUAUUUUCUACAACUUUGGAAUGGUAAUACUAAAUUUCUACAUCUUUAAGGAGCUCUUCUUCGCUGCAAGAGCAGCAGGAUAUAGUUAUAUUUGCCAGACUGUCAAGUACACAGAUGAUGUCAAUGAAGUACGGAUAGCAUCGGCCUUGUGGUGGUAUUAUGUUUCAAAGGGGAUUGAAUACCUGGACACAGUAUUUUUUAUAUUGAGGAAGAAAUUUAACCAGGUCACCUUUCUGCACGUAUAUCAUCACUUCACAAUGUUUACCCUCUGGUGGAUCGGAAUCAAAUGGGUAGCAGGAGGGCAAUCUUUUUUUGGAGCUCAUAUGAAUGCCGUUAUCCAUAUCGUUAUGUAUCUAUACUAUGGAUUAGCAGCUUGUGGCCCACAGUUCCAAAAAUAUCUCUGGUGGAAACGAUAUUUGACCAUCAUGCAAUUGGUGCAGUUUCAUGUUACGAUAGGCCACACUGCUUAUUCCUUGUACAUUGAUUGCCCUUUCCCAAGAUGGAUGCACUGGGCACUGAUAGCUUACGCCAUUUCCUUCAUAAUCCUCUUCGCCAACUUUUAUUACCAGACAUACAGGGAGCCAAAGAAAGAGCUUGUAAGGAAUGAAAAAGUAGUUGUGAAUAACAGUGGAAUGGUCAAUGGAAUCAAAUCAGAAAACAAGCUGAUAGUAGAAAAUGGGAAAACGAAGAAGAAAGGAAAAGCUAAGCAUGAAUAAGAUACAUGGGCAAGGUGAAAAACAAAGGGUUGUGUUUUAAAGCCAAAUAUCGAGUCAGCAAAAGAUGACUGCAUGUGUUUCAACUGGCUUUCAACCGAUCUGUUGUAUCCUUUGCCAUCUUUGUAACUUAUUGUAUUUACUUUGUAAAUGUAAUUUGUGAUCAAUACAAUAGUAUUGACAUAAUAGACAAGAAAAUACAUUGUUAAAAUAAAUUGCACUGAAUAGGUUUUAUGAAAGAGGAAUCUGGUCUUUUACCCUUUUUUUCAAAUCCAUAUUGUAGUUUUUUUUAAAUAUUUAGUUAUGUUUCCUGUUUUUUGUUUCUGUGAAUCCUUGCUAAAAAGCUUUUCCUUUACCACUACCUCAGUUUUAAUGUUGCUGUUUUUUUAGUUCCAUUUUCUACCAUAUACACAUGUUGACAGGCCAGGGGUCUACGAAUCCAAAGCUAGUUUUGGUUGCAGGUUAUCAGCUCUCUGUAAAGAAUUGUGGUAGAAAUAGAUUGUGUUCUUUCUACUGAAGGUCCUAAGAUUAAAAAGUAGAUGACAAUUCUAAUGAUUGUCUGAAUCCAUAUAAACAAAUCAGUACUUUUAGGGAUACAUUAAAAUUUUAUCGAGUCCAGAACAGAGAUCAAAUCUGCGGUUAUGAUAUGCAACAAGAGUCAUAAUUCUAUUUUUUUUACCUUAUGCAAUACAAAUUUGUAUGAAUAAUGCAUGUAUUUCAACAUGCCCUCCACCCAUCCUGACUCACUUUUCUUCCAAGCUUUUAAGUGACUCCUAGUGUACAGUGUUCUGAAUGGCAGUCGUAUUCUACCCACAGCAGUAUUAUUUUUGCAUGAACCUAGGCAAUAAAUAUGAGUGGCCUAUUUGACCUACUGAGGGGAUUUGGAAUCCACAUUAAGGCUUGCUUUGAUCUAUAUACAUGCAUUCUCCACCAGCCCUAGUUGAAAUUGCUCUUUAAAAGGAACCCUGAUUGAUUUUCCUUCCCUAACAUGCCUUAAGCCAAGUGAAAUCUUCUGGCUGCAAAUGCUGUGGCUGAGCUUAGUCAAUUCUGCAUAAACCAGGAACUUUUCAUAUAAUGGCUUCGUAUCAACUCACAUUAAAUCACUGAACCACUGGGACAGCCUGUGAAUGUAACUAUAUAAUGAGGAUAAUAAAACCGCACUGCAAUUUAUAUGGCAAAUAAGAAUUGAAUUAGUCCCUUUUAGUGUGUGAGGAUCUGCAAUGAAUUGUGCAUUGCUGUUGUGGUAUGUACCUGUACACCCAGCAAUUUAUACCAGACUGGAGUGAAUGCUUUAAAUGGAGAGUGUUUCAAAAAAAAAUUGGAAUACUAGAAAUGCACACAUGUAUGACAAUGGCAACAAAAUGGUUACAAAAUCACACCAUUAGCAUCAGCUUUACAAAACCUAGAUUUUUUUUAACAUCCGCAGAAAAGCAUUUCUUAGUUAGGUUUAAACGUUUUACGCAAUUAACUUUCAGUAUGUUUGUGCUGCCAGUCAUCAAGUUUAGUCACUGACACCAAUAUACAGAGAAGACAAAUAAAAGUUUCACUUUCUGUACACAUCUUAGUGUAACAAAUUUGCAUUAUAAAAUCUUUCACAGAUGGUAAAUAUUUCGCUUGGCAACCCUGCAGCCCAAGGGUAUCAAUGUGGACUUCACAAAGUUCAAAUUUUCCUCUCCCCCAACCCACAUCCCAAAACCAGCCCAGCUGGUCCCUGCCUCCCUAACCAUUCCUCCCACCUCCAGCCCCAGCCCCACCCCCAUCUCUCACCAACCUCAUCCUGCCUCCUUGACCUGUCCAUCCUCCCUGGACCAACCUAUCCCCUCCCUAACUCCCCACCUACAUUCACCUUCACUAGCUCCAACCUCGGUUCUUUGACCUGUCUGUCUCCUCUCCACCUAUCUUCUCCUUUAUCCAUCUAACUGCCUCCCCCUCCCUAUUUAUUUCAGAAUCCCCUUCCCCUCCCCCAUUUCUGAAGAAGGGUCUCAACCCAAAACAUCAGCUUUCCUGCUCUUCUCAUGCUCCUUGGCCUGCUGUGUUCAUCCAGCUCUGCGCCGUGUUAUCCCAGACUCCCUAGCAUCGGCAGUUUCUAUUAUCUCUGCAACAAUGAUAAAAGAUUUAUAUGUUUUAAGAGAUGUAAAGAUAUAGCGCAAGUUGGGACAAAUUGUAACAAGUCUGAGUCAAGUUGACUGCACAGAUUUAUUUCUCACAGGUUGAGAGUCGAGUCAGUCUGAUCAAUCCUUGUUCAGGGAAGAAUAACCUCGUUUCAAAUAAAGUUGUCCUUUUUUUGGAUUGGAUUGAUUUGCUGCAUUGACAGUGCUAGCACAUUGAUGCUGCAAACCUUCCUUUGUGUACAGCAAAAUAAUCUCAACAGAAGAGCUUACAAAUUCAUCGCGUGCAGUACAAAAAAGAACUCCCAUUCUUUGCAAUGAUCACAAUGACUAAGUUGUUUGUAUAUGCUGAUCUGGUUUUUAAGUCCCUUUUCUGACUGGGGUUUUUUUUGCCAUAUAUUUAUUUGUUCUUCUCUCACAUGUUCCAGACUUUUAUAAAUGAAGUCUAUUAAGGUAGUUCUAUAUACUGAUUUCUAAUUUGUCUUAUAUUUGGGGUGACACGGUGUUUCAGUGGUUAGCACUGCUGCCUCACAGUACCAGGGAUCUGGGUUCAAUUCCACACUCGGGCAACCAUCUAUGUAGAGUUUGCAUAUUUUCCCCUUGUCUGCGUGGGUAUCCUCUGGGUGCUCUGAUAUCCUCCCACAGUCCAAAGAUGUGUAGGCUGGUUGGAUUGGCCAUGUUAAAUUGCCCAUUGUGUUCAGGGAUGUGUAGAUUAGGUGGGUUAUAGGGAUGGGUCUGGGUGGGAUGCUGAGGGUUGGUGUGGACUUGCUGGGGUGAAGGGCCUGUUUCUACACUGUAGGGAUUCUGUGAAUUUAUAGGCAGUAAUGAUCCAAUCACCACUCUUCCGUGCAAUUAUAAUUGUAUAUUUGCAACAAAUGCCAACGCUUUCUUGCUAGCAUAGAAGGUGUCUGCGCCAGGAUAAAACUUCAACAUAAAAUUCGAGCAAUAUAUUUAUAAACAUGUCCAAGAAUAAUUCAAAGACUAUAGUUUUGGAUUUUUUACAUCAGAAUGUUUCAAUUACUGACUUGUAGCAAGGUAUAUCCUAAAUUCAUAAAACUCUUUUCCAGUGUAGUUAAAGUUCUUCUCAAUACUUGGUAUCAGUGAAACAGUAGAAACCACUUUUCAUUUUUGAGCUGAGCAGUUUUGUUAAUCUGAGUACAGAACAUUCUUCCUAAUAUUUAAAUCUGUAUUUAUGAAAAAACAAAUUUGACUAAUGAGACAAUAUCAUUCUAGCCAUCCAGAUUUUUGAAAUGGAUUUGAUUUGUGUGGCAUUACAGGACCAAUUUAUUUUGAAGACUUGCGGUAGUUGGACUUUAGACUGCCUAAAUAGGGUAAUGCUUAAGUUUCUUAAUUCAGUGGCUGCUGAUGUUUGAGAAGGCAUGGAUAAGCUUGAGCAGUGUCUUGCCUUAGUUUAAUUUUACUACUGAUUAAGUUGAUGAAAUCCCGAAUGACAUCUGUGUGUCAAUCUCCUGAGUUGCAGAAGACUAGUCUUAAUAGCUUUAGACGUUUGUACUUGAGUCACCUUAUGAGAGUGUGAACUCUCGUUCAAACUUCUAGUUUUGGAGAAAGAGCUAGAUGAUAAGUUCAGAAGGGAUUUCGUUCACUAAAUAUAACAGGUUUAAGUUCUUUAAAUGUGAGCUACCUCUUAGAAUAUCAGAUAUAGAAACAUUCUGCUAAAUGUUUGUUUUGAAUUAUGUGUUGUAAUUUUAAUCCUCAGCAAUAUUGUGUACACUUGAAAUAAUUUAUUGUGUAUUGAUUUCAUUUGUGUUUAACUGCAAUUGAUAUGACCCUGCUGCUUGUUUUGACUUAUUGCUGAUGGUUGUAUAUGUUUUUGGGGGGUUUCAAGGGCAAUUCAUAAUGCAUUUAAUAUUGUACGGAACCUGAGAAUUAUAAACUGCUGGUUUUAAUUUAGAACACUGGAUAUGACAGUAAUAUAUUCUUUCUUUCUUAGCAUAAAGAUAUUUGAAAACUAUGCAGAGGGAGUCCAACUCCUAAAAACACAGUUACAUAAUUAGUUAUUCCAAGGUUUAAACUCUAAUAUGAAAACUUCUAUGGUCAAUGAACCAAGUCAGCUUAAAACUUAAAAUUAUUAAAGCUGACAGUUUGGGGAAUAAUUUGCAUCAUAUGCUACAAUUAAAUUUGCAAUGAUAAUUAGACUAAAGGAUUUCAUGAGUACCAAAGUUUAAGUAUGUUGAAUCAAGAUUUUUAAUAAUCUUUCAGUACCUGAAAAUGGUGGUAGAAAUCUGAACUAGUCAUUCUAGUUCAACAGUUUUUAAAUGUAAAGCAAAAUUAUCCGUUCCUUGAGUAAUUUUCAGGUUAUUUAGAAUGCUGCUUUUUUUUUUAAACAAAAAAGGGCACAAAAACAUGCAUACACGAAAAGGUAAAUAAUUAUUCUACCCUUUGUAUUUUGAAGGAAUUUUUUUUAUCCUUGAUUCUGCUUUAUUUUUGUCUGCUGUACAUUUGUAUGGCAGUACGGAACUUGAACAGUGGUGAAAAGAGAGACAUGUUGCCAAAGUAUUUUGUCUCAUACGCGUCAGGUCAAAGGAGAGAAAACCAAAUUUCAAACAAUUGCAACAAUUUAUUGAUUGACUGAGUGGCAAGUUGAGUUUGAUUAGCUGAAUUGGAGAAAGCAACAAGGUGCUAUAAGGCUCCCAAGCUCCUGCUUAACUCCAUUUUGAAUUAUCAGAGGAAUAUGCUGUUGAUUCAUUCAGACAUUCACUAGCUUCUACAUGGCAUUGAAGCUUAUAACAACAUGCUCAAUUGUGUGAUAGGCAAAGUAGUUGUUCUUAAUUGGCACAGUGUAAGCAAUACAGAAGCAGCAUGUGGUUGUAGAAUCAAAAACACAAUGAUAUUUGAUGUGAUUCUACUAUUGGUGAACACUUUUUAAAAAUAAUCCUGAGUCCACUAAAAGCUACGCUAACCAAUUUAAAUAAUCGGCACGCAUGCAACAUGAUUUAUUUAUGCUUACUCGAAGCAAAAUGCACUCAUAUGCAGGGAUCUGUACCCUGUAAACGAAAGGUAAAUGCUCAAGCCUUGCGGGAUUUUUGAAAUAUCAAGGAGCUUGUGAACCAGUUCCCUAUUUUAUUUUCCAUUGCAAUGCCUUGUCCACUCAGUGUACACUUUCCAAUAAAUCUGCAUUCUUUUCUCAAUGUAAUAUAAAUUAUUAUGAUCAUUGGAAACAUGUUUGCGAAAACUUUAUUGAUAUGUCACUGUUUUCAGCAGUGUUCAAAUGGCACAUUAUUCAUUUUCAUAUGUGUUAAGAAGUCUAAUUCUUCACUUAUUAAUAAUAAUACUUUCUUUUCUGGAUGUAUGAAAUGCAUAUUAUCAGAAUUGGUUAAUCUGCAUUAAUACAGCAGUCCUUCAUCUUCAUGUUUCCAUCAACAAACUAAAUCUUUCAUUAGUAUCUUUCAAUACUCAUUAAAUUAAAGACCUUUUUAAGAUAGAAAACAGUGAUGUUUUGGUUGUUCCACUGCAUAUGUUACCAGAUAAAGAGAUCUAAAGUAAGCAACAAAUAUCUAUGUCUUAGUUAACACAUUGUCAAUUGAUAUGCGUGCAUCUCAUCUUCAGUGUCUUCAAUGAAACUACUUGACAAAAUUGUACAGGCUUAAUAGCUGAAGUCUUUUAAUGCAUUAAUGUAUUUUCUGGAUAGAAUUGUCAGAAUUGAUAUUCAGAUGAUAGUUAUAAACCAACUUGAGUUUGUUGCUGAUCUGACACUGUUAUCUAAAAUCACUGAAAGUCAUUUCCAAGUUGAGUAUUAAGAACUAUUUCCUUACAGAGGAGAUGAUAACAGCCAGAAUGGGUAAUCAGGAAUGAUUCUGCAGAUCAGGAGAUAGUAAGAUCAAAUCAGAUUGAAAUCGCAUGGGUUGACGGGCUUCCUCAUUCAGGUCAAUCUGUAACAUCUUGUCAGCGGCCCAUGUUCUCGGGGAAACAACUGACACUAUCCAUAGUGUAGAAAAUUAUUCCAUUUAUAUUUGUUAAUAGAACACCAGUUAACUCAGUGACUUCCAAGUUGAAACUUAAUUUUUUUUUUCUUUGUCUCUGUUGGGUGAUAGCAAAAUUUGAGUGUGAAAUCGACUACGCAGCCUAUAUUGAUUGUACCUGGUACUAUUUAAUUAUAGGAUAGUACUGAAAGCGGCCUUUGAGAUGUUUCCUGGCCUUAUGCAAAUUAUAUAAUGGAAUACAUGCCCAUUUUGCUCUAAUGUUACAUUGCAAUACUACAUUUUUAUCUCUAUUGAUAAGUAUGUAUCCAACAUGAUUCAAAUAUGUAAUACCAGUAAGUAAUGUCAAUUUGCUCAAUUUUCUAUGACUUGUUAUUUUUAAUUGUAAUCUUAUCUUUGUGGCUUGUGAAUAUUUUGAAAGUAUUGUAAUCAUUUUUAUUUAAGAAGAAUUCAGUUUCAGAUUGGCCAGGAGUUUCAUUGGAUUGCUGAAUGUUAAAUGAAAUGGCGCUGCAUUGUAGUUAUGUUGCACAUGUUCGACUCUAAGUGUAAGUAAUGCAUGAUGGGGUCUUUGAGAGUUUUCAUACCCUAACUCCAGAUGUUGAGAACUAAAGUUGAGAAAUGAACAAAAAUGACACACAAUGUUGAAAACAAGCUUGCCAGGUCAAGGGAGAAGUUGCAAAGGUCAUGGGCCUAAAGCAUUAAGUCCAUUGCUACCUCCACAGAUGCUAUCUGACCUGCUGAGUACUUUGGGCAGUUUAAGUUUUUGUUUCAGAUUUCAGCAUCCGCAGUAUUUUGCCAUUAUAUUCAGAAUCGUACCAACACAUUUGUGAAUCAGAAAUGUUUGUAAGUAAUGCAAAUGUAACAGUAUAACAGCAUCUAUAAAUGUAUUAUAUGAAAAACAGAUAGUGAUCACUAAUGUGUUUCCAAUAUUUUAAGACUAAUAUUUUAUCUCUCUAUUUUGCACAGCUAUUACUUUGUCCAGUUCACUGACUUUUUUGUUGUUAGUCAAAGUCUGCGUAAUGAUCAAACCUGAAUGAGUUGAAACAUAAUCCAAAAGACCUGUUGAGUAAAUAUUGCAUGAUUUAAUAGAAGUGGAAUUGCUGACAGUUUUGUGUUUUUAGUUUACACUAUUUGUUUAGUUUACACUUUUUAUGCUGCUAUUUUAAAUUUGCAACUUGGAAAGUAUUGCUACUUCGUGGAACAUAAUGUUUCAGUAUAUCACGCAUGCAUUAUACGUAAGUUGAUUAAGUGUUGUUAGUAUAUGUAAGCCUUUGAUGUUAAGCAAUUUGUGCAUGGAACUGCCUGUAACCAAUGGUCAAAGAUAGGUAACUCACCUUAUGGCGAUUUACUAUUUACAACAGAAAAGUACAGGGUUUUCUCAUCUCUAAAAAUUGAGUGCCCCACCUCUUCUCGUUUCUCCAUUUUUUUGAAUGAAAAUUUAUGUAAAUGAUGUAGAAAAACUUGCACUUGAAAGUGCAUAGUAACUAAAUGUAAAGAAUUUGGGGGAGAAUCCGAAGAGUUUCAUGAAGAUCUAAGUUUGACUUGAUGUGUAUUGACUUGGUUCUGUUGUGUUGUGCUGUCCCACUAUACAUCAGUUGUGUAAUUGCACUAUUGCAAGUUAAUAAGCUCACAUAAAUGUGUAAACUUUCAAGUGUGCAGUAUUAUAAAGGCCAAGGCCAACAACCAGAGAUUUAAUAUAAUAAUGUACACAGUUUUUCUGUAUAUAAACACUUUGCUGCAAUUGCUGUGGAAAUAAA